AUGACGUCGCUACCUAUAGGUCGACUUGCCUUCUUCCUCCUUUAUCUGGUGGAUAUUUCACUUCAGCAGUCAAGCGCUCACUGGGAUGAACUCAACGCAACCGUUCAAGGAAGGCUUGUACGGGGAAUCCCGCUCGCGCGGCCUUGCUUCAAGCUGGCGAACGGGACCGGUGGAGACUUCAACCCAGACGAAUGCUCCAUUGUCAUUCAGGACUAUCUUAAUGAAGUUGUUCGCAUAGAUACGUUCUCAGCAUAUAUAGAUACUCGAUCGGAGAUAUGUCAAGCCACAAACAGCGGAUGUAUUCUCGAUACCUCAAUGGUCAAUAAUUCAAAUGCAUUCGACAUACCCCAAGUGUGCAGUCAAGGUAGCAUUCCGGAGUACGCGGUCGACGUACGGACAACCAAGGACGUUCUUGCCAGCUAUAAGUUCUCGAAAACGCACUCCAUUCCGCUCGUCAUCAAGAACACCGGGGCAAGUACAAUGCACAACCUUCAAUCGAUAUCUCUGAACAAAACCUUCGUCCCCUAUGGAUGUAAUUCUACUCCGACCGCGGCAGUCACAUUUGGGGCUGGAGUUGUGACAUCGUCCAUCCUCGAUUUCGCUGAAGCGAACAACAUCACUAUUCCGACUGCUAGUGAUCUUACUGUGGGAGUGGCAGGCGGCUAUCUGCAGCUUCAGUUUGAGGUCGUCACACCCUCCGGACUACACGUUGUCACAAAUAAUUGCCAGUACCCUGAUCUCUUCUUCGCCUUGCGAGGCGGAGGCGGCGGGACUUUCGGCACAGUUCUGACCGUUACGACAUUAGCACUCCCUCAGCUACAGGUCAAAACAGUCGAAGUCUCUUUCAGCGCAGCUCGCGAGGACCAAGAAAGAUUCGUGAAAUUCAUGGUGGACCAUACAUCCACCGCCGGUAUCCUGUCAUUCGCCAACAGCAUAUUAAAUAGCAGUAGAGCAAACGAGUCCAUCGAGCCGCUCCGGUCUUAUGUCACACGAGAGCUGAAGGGUAACUUCACCUUCACAGUCGAGCCAAGCUAUAGGUCUUUCUUCAAUAAAUUUCAACCAGCCCAACCUGUUGGCCCAGGGUCCGCACUUGCAUCUCGCCUCGUUCUACUCAGAAACUUCGAGUCAGACGUGAACCGCGAAGAGCUCACGCGUGUAGUCAAUGGGAUGUUAGACGCCGUUGACGCCAUGUAUCUUGUCGCAACUACACCAUUCCUGUACGGAGAAAGUCCUGGAACCAGCUUGACACCGGCAUAUAGGACAGCCUUAUGGCAUUUUAUCGUGGCCAAAGAGUGGAAAUUCAACGCUUCGGUGGGCGAGGUAUCAGAUGCAUAUAAAUCAGUGUCAGACGCAAUCCGUCCUCUUCGUGAGAUUACGGCCGAAUCUGGUGCCUACCAGAACGAGGCGGACAUAUACGAGCCUGAUUUUGAGGUGUCAUUUUGGGGAAGCAAUUACGAAGAGUUGUUGGCCAUAAAGAAGAAAUAUGUGUCUCAGGUUUUUGGGUUGACCAUAUUAUUCUCCCGUUGGGUGCCCCGUGCGGCCUCCAUUCGAAUUCACGGCUCACUGAAGAUACACGAUGUAUUCGAAGAUUGGAAAAUAUCAUAUCACGCUUCCGCGAACUCUCUGCCUUGUCUCGGCUCCCAAUCCUUCCCAAGGUCGCCUCAAACAUCCGCACUGCUCCUUGCCAUGCACGCCGAUGCUAUCAGCCUUUGGGGGACUUUCAGGCUUCAGCGCCCUAAGGGACACAAUCUACCUCAGUAUUAA